AUGGAGUCUAAAAGCAUAGGCAAAGAUUCUAUGCUAGGGUUUUAUAUGAUGCCUCCUACAAUAGAUGAGAACUUUGACCAAGUCGCAUACCAAGAACAUAUAAAGAAUCUUGACAAAUUAAUUGACGCCCAGAAACUGGAGGUCGAAAACUUCUCGCCUGAUGACUUCAAAAAUCACCAAUUGCCUCUAGCUCGAAUUAAAAAAAUAAUGAAAUCCGACGAAGAUGUCCGCAUGAUAAGUGCAGAAACCCCCGCACUUUUUGGGAAAGCGUGUGAGCUGUUUAUAAUAGAGCUGACCCAUAGAGCAUGAAUCCACACUGAAGAAGGAAAGAGAAGGAUUUUGCAAAAAAACCACAUCACGGCUUGCAUUGACAAAACAGAUAUUUUCGAUUUUCUCCAAGACCUCGUCCAUACAAGAAAUAGUUAG